GCCUCAGUGGCCCGGGGUGGGGGCGGGCGGACCGAGGCGAGGCCCCUCCGAAGCGAGCGGAGGCCGGCAUCGCGGCAGCAUCCCGCCUGCUUGUCUCCGUGGCGCCCUGUGACCCCGCGCGGCCUCGGUCCUCAGCAGGCACCGAGGCGGAAGACAUCUGGCCGUGGAGGGACGUGGCCGCUGCCUGCUUGAGGCCUCUGGGCAGCGCAUCUCGGCCUUCGUGUCGGGAAUCCGAUUCCAGCCCCGACUUGUCCUCUUCUGGAUGCGUUACUGAGCAGGACCAGUUACCACGAGGCUGAAGACUGUAGCUCUGGCCCCUGAACUCUUCCCUGAUCUUGUGAACAGCCCAUGUGUGCAGAAUGCCCCACAAGAUUGGAUUUGUAGUGGUCAGCUCUUCUGGACAUGAAGAUGGUUUCAGUGCUCGGGAACUAAUGAUCCACGCACCGACUGUCAGUGGCUGGAGGUCACCAAAAUUCUGCCAGUUUCCACAAGAGAUUGUUCUCCAGAUGGUGGAGAGGUGUCGGAUAAGGAAACUGCAGCUCCUCGCUCACCAGUACAUGAUCUCCAGUAAGGUUGAGUUCUACAUCAGUGAAAGCUUGCCUGAGUACCUGGUGCCGUACCAAGCAGAGCGCUUCCGCAGACUGGGCUAUGUCUCUCUGUGUGACAACGAAAAGACAGGCUGCAAAGCCCGGGAGCUCAAGUCUGUCUACGUGGAUGCUGUGGGGCAGUUUCUUAAGCUGAUCUUUCACCAAAACCAUGCCAACAAGUACAACAUAUAUAAUCAGGUGGCUUUGGUUGCGAUAAAUAUCAUUGGAGACCCUGCAGAUUUUGGUGAUGAAAGCAAUAUUACCUCUAGAGAGAAGCUGAUUGAUCAUUACCUUGGCCACAGUCCCCACAAUGAGGACCCAGCCCUAGAAGGAACUUUUGCCGGGAGAUCUGACUAUAUCUCCCCACUUGAUGACUUGGCGUUUGACAUGUACCAAGACCCUGAAGUUGCACAGAUCAUCCGCAGGCUGGACGAAAAGAAACGGGAUGCUGUCAAGAAGGAGCGCUAUGACCACGCAAAGAAACUGAAGCAAGCGAUCGCUGACUUACAGAAGGUCGGUGAGCGCCUGGGGCGCUUCGAGGUGGAGAAGCGCUGUGCCGUGGAGAAGGAAGACUAUGACCUGGCCAAGGAGAAGAAGCAGCAGAUGGCACGCUACCGUGCCCAGGUGUACGAACAGCUGGAGCUGCACGGCCUCCUGCAGGGCGAGCCAGAGAUGCAGAGGCCCUUCAUUUUGCCCCUCCAGCCCCUUGCAUCUCCCAGCAGUCCCCAGCACUGGAAGGCAGCAUCCUCACUGCCGCGCACAGAAGAGCUGGAAACAGAAGGCACAUUUGCAGGCCCUGCCCUCCAGGAAAAGCCCUUGGCAUAUCCCUUGGCAUCGUCUCCUCGACAUUCAGCAGUGGACCAGUCCCCACCUGCCGCAGGCCCUAGAAGCCAUGUGGACGCCCUGCCCUAUGAUGAACGGCCUCUUCCCAUUACUCGGAAGCAACUGGGGGAAGCAUCCACCGAGCCCGAAGUGAAAGACACAGACAGCAGUGAUGUUCAGAGACGGGGUGUCUCAGGGGAACCAGAGCCCUUGACAGAGAAGGCCUUGAGAGAAGCCAGUUCUGCCAUUGACAUCUUAGGCGAAGCAUUGGUGGCCGGGGCCUAUUCUAAGACGUGGUCCUGCCGGGAAGAUGCCCUGCUGGCGCUGUACCAGAAGCUGAUGGAGAUGCCUGUUGGAACCCAGAAGGAGGAUUUGAAAAACAUGCUCAGAGCAUCUGUCUUUCUCAUCAGAAGAGCCAUAAAGGACAUUGUGACCUCAGUCUUUCAGGCUUCGUUGAAGUUGGUGAAAAUGAUAAUUACCCAGUACAUUCCCAAGCACAAGCUGAGCAAACUGGAGACAACGCACUGUGUAGAGAGGACCAUUCCCCUUUUACUCGCCAGAACCGGAGAUUCCUCUGCUCGCCUCCGUAUCAUGGCUCUGAAUUUCAUUCAGGAAAUGGCCUUGUUUAAGGAGGUGAAAUCUCUCCAACUCAUUCCAUCCUACUUGGUACAGCCACUGAAGCCCAAUGCUUCCACUCAUCUGGCAAUGAGCCAGGUGGACCUUCUGGCCCGGCUGCUGAGAGACCUGGGCACUGGGAACUCAGGCUUCACCGUGGACAGUGUGAUGAAGUUUGCGCUGAGCGCGCUGGAGCACAAGGUAUAUGAGGUGCGAGAGACAGCAGUCAGAAUCAUCCUGGACAUGUACAGACAGCACCCAGCCCUCACCCUGGAGCACCUUCCCCCAGAAGACAGCAGCACACGCAGGAACCUGCUCUACAAAGCCAUUUUUGAGGGAAUCGCUAAGAUAGACGGCAGGCCGACGGAGGCUGAAGUCAGGGCCCAGAAAAGAGCAGCCACUAAAGAAGCAGAAAAGCAGAAGAAGGAAGAGGUGAAGGUUCUGCAGGGCCAGUUGGCAGCGCUAAGAGAGACCCAGGCUGGAGCCCAGGAGAAGGAGGACGACGGUGUGAAGCUCAGAAAUCAAGACCUUCAAGGAAGGAAAGCUGCCCCAUCUGACACUCCGGAAAUCCCAGAUAACCACUAUUUGGAUAAUCUUUGCAUCUUUUGUGGGGAGAGGAAUGAGUCUUUCACAGAAGAGGGCCUGGACCUCCACUACUGGAAACACUGCCUCAUGCUGACAAGAUGCGACCACUGCAGGCAGGUGGUUGAGAUCUCCAGCCUGACGGAGCACCUGCUGACAGAGUGUGACAAAAGGCAUGGGUUUGGGAAGUGCCACCGCUGCAGCGAGGCUGUCCCCACAGAGGAGCUUCCCAGGCACAUCCAAACCAAGGAGUGCAACCCUGCCAAAUCAGAGAAGGUGGCAAACCGCUGUCCUCUGUGUCAUGAGAACUUUGCCCCUGGAGAAGAGGCGUGGAAGGCUCAUCUGAUGGGCCCUGCUGGCUGCACAAUGAACCUGCGCAAGACACAUGUUCUGUGCAGGGCCACAGCCCCGCAGCAAGGGAAGGGCCCAGCAGCAUCGAAGUCGGGCACCUCAGGACCCAAGGUUGGAAGCAAGAUCCCCACCCCAAAGGGGGGCCUGAGUAAGAGCUCCAGCAGGACGUACAUGAGACGGUGACAGUUUCCACUUCUGUCUCUGCCAGGGGCUGUGCAAGUUUCCCCGUUCUAAGCCAUGAGUGUUGACAUAGUGAUGCAGGACUCUGUGCCUGCUGUCCUUGGCCUCUUGUGUCGCAGGAACAGAGUGUAUGGAUAUGACCAAAGAACCCGUCCCACGCUAGGCCCCACGGUACUGGGCCCUUUGUCAGUGCCCAGGCACAGAAGUACCUCUUGCUCAGGAAGCCAGCAAGUACAGCACCCACUUUCCUUACUACUGAGAUGUACCCCAAACUUUGAGCUCACUAGUGUCUGUUGCACAUGUUAGACUUUGCACAGGGCUAAGCUCAGCUUUGGUGGCCCUAGCAGACAGCAGCAAGCCAGACUGAACCUUCUGUGUCAUCUCUCUCACGACCUGCCUGCUAGGUUGUCAGACCAUAUACAGCAACAAGCAAUAAAGGGAAGCAAGCAGAAGGCAACUGUCCUAAGAACAAGCUCCUCCAGGACAUACUUUGCCCAGUGUUCCUGUGCACACCUGUCCCCAUUACCCACUGACAGCCCUACCUUGAUGCCUUCCCUCAGCAGGCUCAGAUGCUCUGCUGCAGAGUCCUAAAUGGACUUUGGGUGAUGUCCCCUGGUUACCCUCUUCUCACCUGACCAUAGCCCACCUGCAAGCCUCAGUUUCUUUACGGCACAAGAGAGCACCUUCCACCUUUGCUAACCUACAAAGAUAAGGCCCGCACACCUUGCUACCCAGAGCCUCCACAUCAGGUGUGUUACACCCUGUGAUGUAAGUGAACCCACUUUCCCAGAUCAUUCACAGGAUGUCACUCACAAGACCUCAGGGGACAGCUGUCAGCAUCCUCCACCCGCCUUCCUCCCAGGAGCUCCGGUCACACAAGCAUCUGUGGGAAGAACUGAGUCCAUCUGAAACUCAUGCCCCUGUCUCCGCCACAGGCUGAAGGGGGCCACUGAGGCGCUACACUGUGCCUGCUUCCUGAGGUUUUCCUCAUUUCCCUUUGAAGUGUCUAGGAUUAAGAAAAUGAGUAUUAUAAAAUUAAGGCAUAUUUCUUUAAAAUUCCCAACCAUGUAAAAAUCCAUAUGUAUAGGUGCCUGAGCAGCGAGCAUGCUGGGUAGUUAAUCCCUUGAGCUCACCCCUGCUUUUGGCAAACAGCUAUUGUGCUGGCUGAGAGUGGAGCAGGAUCUGUUGAGAGGAGGAUCCUAUCCUGUCAGAGGCCUUUAGUGUGGAGAGAGCGCGAAACGACUUAGAGCCAAGCACAGGUGCCACAGGUCGGACGCCGGCCCAUGUCUGCUAGCCGUCUAGAGUGCAGACCACAAUGGAGGCAGACGCCUGUGGUGCUUCUUCUCUGCUGUAACUAAAUCCUUCUUGGCCCGCGUGGUGGCUCACGCCUGUGCUCCUGGCACUUGAGAGGCCCGAGUCAGAAGCUCACCACAAGUUCAAGGGAAGCACUGCCUCAAAAUUAAACAGAACAAAAAAGAAUCCCUCAUUUUAGCUCCCGUGUUUGCCUGUUACAGAAUCAUGAGUUUCCACAGAGGUGACUGGCGGUCUUGGCAGCCUCAAAGCUCCACACCACUGUGCUUGAUUCAGGGAAGGAGCUAAGAGCCCACCAUUCAUAAUAUCAAAGUGUGGAACACUCCUCAAGCUUCACAUACGACACGUUGUGGAUAUUUAAUAUUUAUUUAUAUUAUUUUUCAUAAAAGAUAUUCUAUUAAACCUAAUUUAAAAGAAUUGUGUCAUAUCUGAUACUGAAAUACAUUGUAAAUACCUUUAAUGAAAAUUUGCAACUUUUUAAUGUUUUAACAUAGUUUUUCUAUUUGUCUUUAUUUCAGGUGCCAGAAGUAUAAAAUAAUAUAUUUUUAUUGUUAUUGUUUUAGGGUUUAUGUGCUAAUUUGCCUUGAGUUCAUUAAUACAGUAAAGAGAUCAUUCAGUGUUUGUCACUUUUA